AUGGGGAAGGUUUAUCAGAGAGGAAAAAUUGAGGAUGCAGUAGAGAAGAUGGAGAAUUACUGGAGCAUCAUGGCAUGGUGGAGGAGAAAAAAGAGCAAGAAUUCAGUCCUGGUUGAAGUCCUAUUUGAAGAGGUGUUUAUGGAAGCUGGAGAAGACCCCCAGGAGGCAGCAUCAGAGCAUAUGAAACUGACAACUUCUAUAAUCCUCCCUGCUACUUACCGCCUAUCCCAACCGGAUUUCCAGCCAGGAGUUUGGGGACUCGGUGGCUUUGAAGUGCUACAUACUGCGCCUGCGCACGGACUGAGGCCUUUUCCCCCCGCGGAGCGCUGCUGGGCCUGCUGGUCUGUGGCGAGCCGCGGACGCCGGUCUCUGUUCCGCAGGAUGGGGUUUGUUAAAGUUGUCAAGAAUAAGGCUUACUUCAAGAGAUACCAAGUGAAAUUUAGAAGAAGACGAGAGGGUAAAACUGAUUACUAUGCCCGGAAACGCUUGGUAAUUCAGGAUAAAAAUAAGUACAACACACCUAAAUACAGGAUGAUAGUUCGCGUAACCAACAGAGAUAUCAUUUGUCAGAUUGCUUAUGCCCGUAUAGAAGGAGACAUGAUAGUUUGUGCAGCGUAUGCUCAUGAACUCCCAAAGUAUGGUGUGAAGGUUGGCCUGACAAAUUAUGCUGCAGCAUAUUGUACUGGCCUGCUGCUGGCCCGCAGGCUUCUCAAUAGGUUUGGCAUGGAUAAGAUCUAUGAAGGCCAAGUAGAAGUGACUGGAGAUGAAUACAAUGUGGAAAGCAUUGAUGGUCAACCUGGUGCCUUCACCUGCUAUUUGGAUGCAGGUCUUGCCAGAACUACUACUGGAAAUAAAGUUUUUGGGGCCCUCAAGGGAGCUGUGGAUGGAGGCUUGUCUAUUCCUCACAGUACCAAACGAUUCCCUGGUUAUGAUUCAGAAAGCAAGGAAUUCAAUGCAGAAGUACAUCGGAAGCACAUCAUGGGUCAAAAUGUUGCAGAUUAUAUGCGUUACCUAAUGGAAGAAGAUGAAGAUGCUUACAAAAAACAGUUCUCUCAAUACAUAAAGAACAACGUUACUCCAGACAUGAUGGAGGAGAUGUAUAAGAAAGCUCAUGCUGCUAUUCGAGAGAAUCCAGUCUAUGAGAAGAAGCCUAAGAAAGAAGUCAAAAAGAAGAGGUGGAACCGUCCCAAAAUGUCUCUUGCCCAGAAGAAAGAUCGGGUAGCUCAGAAGAAGGCAAGCUUCCUUAGAGCUCAGGAGCGGGCUGCUGAGAGCUAAUAAACCAAACCACAAUUUUCUAUGAAGAUUUUUCAGAUAAAGACAAUAAUAAACUUAUUCACCAAGCAGCA